GGUUUCUAUUUCUGUAGUAAAACACUCCGGCCUCGGGUCUGAUACUUUUGUGAUCGAGAUUUCUCAGGAUCUCAAGCAAUCUUAAGUAUAAGGUUCCAUUGGAUAUUUUCUCAAUCUCAAUUCUAUCAACACGUCACUUGACUUCGCUACCCACGAAUGGGCAGAUCUGAGAAAUGAAAUGCAACAAAGAAGAACAAUUACACUGAGUUUGUUUUAAAUCCAACGAUAUUUUAAUUAACGAGUUCCCAUGAUGUUUUCAUUUCAUCUGAAUAUUUAAAUUCACAGUAUAUUCAAAAAUAUUCAAUUAUGUUGCAGCUAAAUUUUUCUAAAGAAUUGUUCAUUUACAGACUUAAUUCUAGACUUGUUUCUCCUGAAUAAGUUUUUGUGUAGAAUAAAAAUUUAAAUUUACCAGGAUGGCGACGUCAACUAAAAAAUCUUGGAAACUCCAGGAUUUUACUGCCCAUACUUCAAAUGUUAAUUGUCUUGCACUUGGUCACAAGUCAGGACGAGUUUUAGUAACUGGCGGUGAUGACAAAAAAGUUAACCUGUGGGCAGUUGGAAAGCAAAAUUGUAUAAUGAGUCUAAGUGGUCAUACAACUUCUAUUGAAUGCGUAAGAUUUGGGCAAACUGAAGAUCUUGUUUGUGCUGGUUCUCAAACUGGAGCUUUAAAAAUAUGGGAUUUGGAGCAUGCAAAGUUGGCUAGAACACUCACAGGACACAAAGCUGGAAUAAAAUGCAUGGAUUUUCAUCCGUAUGGUGAACUACUGACAUCAGGAAGUAUGGAUACUGGGAUUAAAUUGUGGGAUAUUAGAAGAAAAGGUUGUAUUUUUACAUACAAAGGUCACGAUGCAACGGUUAAUAGUUUGAAAUUUAGUCCUGAUGGUCAGUGGAUCGCUAGUGCGGGAGAAGAAGGCAUGGUCAAGUUAUGGGACAUAAGAGUGGGACGACAAUUGCAAGAAUUUUCAGAGCACAGAGGAGCUGCGACGGCUGUUGAGUUUCAUCCUCAUGAAUUCUUACUUGCCAGUGGGAGUAUGGACAAGACAGUCCAUUUCUGGGACUUGGAAUCAUUUCAAUUGGUAUCUUCCUCGGAGCCAAAUCCAUCUGCUAUAAGAUGUAUUCACUUUAGUCAAGGUGGGGAGUGUUUGUUUACUGGAACUCAAGAUCUUUUAAAAGUACACUGUUGGGAACCAGCACGAACACUAGACACUGUGUCAACUAGUUGGGGUAAAGUUCAAGAUAUUGCUAUUGCACAGACUCAGCUGAUUGCCGCAAGUUUUAAUGGUUCAAAUGUUAUGCUAUUUGUUUGUGACUUAACUAAAAUAGCGCCUUUUACUAAUUUUUCUCAAUCGGUUUCACCAUUCGCUCAUGGGAAUCCUUCGAGGAAGAGCUUCACAAAAGACAAUUUGAAAAAACAUGUAGUUAAUGUAAAAACAACGAUUGAAGAAGGUGAUAAUAAAUCAGGAUCAGAUCCCGAUGACGAAAUACCACAUGUUGAAUUGCCCGCUUUGGCUGAUUGUCAGGAGAUUUUUCAGCCUCAUCGUUCACUGUCUCGUACACCUCCACCGGAACCUGAGGCUUUUGCAAGGCCUCAAGAUUUCGAUCCAGCACAGCCACAAAUUAUUCAAAACCUCAGUACUUCAAUGACGAAUUUAAAUACAACAGAAGAAUUAAAUGAAGAUAAUUUAACUCCUUCAGUUUCCAUGCAGCCUCCACCAUUGUUCACAAAACCUGUGUCUGUCCGAAACAGUAUAAAGUCAUCACCGCCAGUUCAGAGGCACUUGAUGCAUUCAAACAGUCAAGUUAAAUUAAACUCCCAGUCUGUAAAUAAUAGUAGUGGUAAAAAUGUUAAAAACUUUGCGCAAAUCCCACCACUGAGGCAAAGUAUUACCCCGUUCAUUGGAAAAAAGUCAAUAUCAAACUCAAAUAUUCAUCAACCUAUGGGACCUCAAAGAUCAAAUUCUACGCUGACAUCUAGAGUCGCUCCAAUGGCAGCAGUUGCUCCAGUUGUCGGAGGUGACGGAAAAUCUAAAAGCCGAGCGCCAAGUCCAGAUUCUCCGAAGCAUUUUUUCAAACGACAAAAUAGCUGUCAGGACAGCGAACACGGUUACGAAAGUGAUUUUCCAGUUAAAAUAAACACUAAUAUAAGACACAGUCCUUCGGACCCAGCAUUGAAUCGACCAAACACUGGGCAAACACGAUCAAAUUCAAUGGCCCGUAAUUUUAUAAACUCCGGACCAUUGUCAGCCAGAAAUCUGUCAGUUGUUAAGAAAAAUAAUCGCGCUCAAGUGACUCCGAAUCUUAAAGUAGAGAUAAGAACACCACAGCCAAGACCUAUCGAGACGAUUGAGAAAGAUGAAUUCGUGCCAAUUAUUCCGGAUAAACCGAUCGGUUUAGAGGUGGAAGACUUUUUACCGAACUCUUAUGCUGGGUCAGAAAGACUUGGGUAUAGCACGAGGUUAACUGAAAUGUCUGAGGUUGAAGUAAUCAGUAGUGUGACGAGAGGGCAUGACUCUAUGAUGACGGUCUUGACGAAUCGUCAGAGAGCUCUUCAAAUUAUUUACUCACUCUGGCAUAGUAAAGAUGUCAAGUCUGCUAUCGACUCUGCAGUCAGAAUGAACGACUUAUCUGUCAUUGUUGAUCUCCUAGGAGCCCUCAAUUUAAAACCGACAAUCUGGAAUUUGGAUGUAUGCAAUUUGCUACUCAGGCCGAUUGCUGAACUACUCCAGAGUAAAUAUGAAAUGUAUGUGACGGUCGGUUGCACGGCGUUAAAGUUGAUUCUACGGAACUUUGCCCCAGUGAUCAAAUCGAAUGUCGAAGCACCAUUGCAUACCAUUGGCGUAGAUGUUUCUCGAGAAGAAAGAUACCACAAAUGUUUGGCUUGCUAUGAAAAACUAGAAGCAAUGCGGACAUUAAUAAAGAAAAAACAGAUGAGUUCUUCUGGACAAGUAGGAUCAUCUUUCCGUGAAAUAAACCUGCUCAUGAAUACAUUAGUGUGACAGAGGCGAUUACAAGCCGUUGUUUCUGCGGUGCUACAAAAAACUUCCAAAAAGUGUAAAAAUUGCCAAUCCCAUGAAUUGAGACUGAAAUAAAAGGCUACUGUGUACUUUGGUGCAUUUGUUUUACCUCGCGGUUGCCGGCUAGUCUUUCCGAGAGAUAAAUCAAUGUAAUUAAAUUUUAAAAGUAUAUUUUUUUUUCCAAAAGUGAUUUAUAUUAAAAAUAUAUUGUUAUGUUAUUUUUAAUGCCAUAUACUCAUCAAUACCAGAAAUAAAAAGAGACCUUAAAAAUAAUUAAGUUAUUCAAAGUACAGCCUGAAUAAUUUAAUUUUAAACUAUUAAUUUUUUUUGUCUCUCCAUCGUUUUAGGUCUGACGCUCAAAAAUAUGUGAAAUUGUGGAUGGUUGUGAGUUGGUUACAAAUACAGAUUUGUCACAUAUUUUGUGCGGGAUUUUAAUGAUAUUUGUUAUACAGUUGCUAAUAAUUGAAUAUUUAACUUGUAAUAUAUAAACGUAUUAUUAAUACAAAAAAAAGGAUUUCUUAGCGCAAAAAAUUUUUACUUGCCCUUAUAAAUUUUUUACUGCGAUUUGAAUAUAAAAAUUUUCUUGGGGCAAAAAAGAAAAUUGCUGAUUUCAAUUCAUAAUAAAAAAUUUUUUUUGCGCCAUGAAAUCCUUUAUUGCUGUGUAUUAUUCCCAUUAUAAAUUAAAUGAUAUUGUAUUUAAAAAAAAAAAAAAUCAUAAAUUUUUUUAUAUUAAGUUGAAACUAUAACUUGUAUUUUUGCAAUAAUGACUUUUGGAAAUACAGUAAACCAACUAUUUAUGAAAACUGUAGAUUAGACUGGGCCAAAAAAAUCGACUGUUUCUUUUUCUUUCGAUACUGUGAAAAUGUUAUUCCUGAAAACCAUAAUAAAUUAUUGUGCAAGUUUGAGCUCUUAAUAUUGAUAUUAGGAGGUGUAUAGUUACGACUAUUCGUUUUUUGACAAAAAUUUCAUUUUUUACCCAAAACUCGUAAAUCAUCUAUCUGAAAAAUUUGAGCAAUGUAUAUUCUUAAAGGAAAUUAAAUUCCCUACAAAAAAUCUUUCUUAGUACAUUGACGUAAAACGAGCCGUUUCCUUGUAACCGUGCCUUAAAUAUUGAUUUGUUUUUUUAAUUCUUUGUUUCUAUUUUGGAUUUUUGUAACUACUAGAAAUGUUGAAAUUUUUUCUAGUCAAGAUACAUAUUUUUGAAGGAAAUUCGAUGCUUUACAAAAAAGGUCUCUUAACAUUUUUUGCUAAAUUCACUCCUUCGAGAGUUAUUCAGGUUAUUUAAGUCGUUUUGACUCAACUCCAACCUUGAAUAACUUUUGAAGGAGUGAAUUUAGUAAAAAAUAUUAAGAGACCUUUUUUGUAGAGCAUUAAAUUUUCUUUAAAAAUAUGUAUCUUGACUAUAAAAAAUUUUUAUAUUUCUAGUAAUUACAAAAAUCCAAAAAAGAAACAAAGAAUUUAAAAAAUAAAUCAGUGUUUAAGGCACGGUUACAAGGAAACGGCUCGUUUUACGUCAAUUUACUAAGAGAGAUUUUUCGUAGGGAAUUCAAUCCCUUUAAGAAUAUACAUUGUUCAAAUUUUUCAUAUAGAUGCUUUACGAGUUUUGGGUAAAAAAUGAAAUUUAUGUCAAAAAACGAAUAGUCGUAAUGAUACACCUUUAAUAUCAAUAUUAAGGGCUCAAACUUGCACAUAAAUUUUUUUUUGGUCAUCAAGAAUAUUUUCACAGUAUCGAAAGAAAAAAAAAUAGACGAUUUUUUUGGCCCAGUCUAACGUAGAUAAGUAGAUCAUGUACAAAAAUGUCACGAUGCAUUUUUGAAAAAUCUGACAAUCACGAUUGAAAAAAAGGUAACGUUGGUUUAUAAUUUUUGAAAAUCAAUUUUUUAAGUUAGGUAGCAAAUUUUACAAAGGAUGAAAAGCAGUAGUUCUUUUCAUCCUUUGUACGUUCUAAUUAAAAUUUUAUUUAAAAUAUUUUAUAAUUGUUAUUUUUAAAUACUCUCAUGCUUCUAAACAAGUUAAUAAUACUUUGAUUCGAUUAUUUAAUCAUAUUUAUACUAAUAAAAAUUCCUUGCACGCUAAGAAAUGGUAGAUCUUGUAAAGAAGUACUUGUUAUUUUAAAUAGCAAUUGAAUUAUAUUUUAAAAAUAUAAAAUAACAUUUGAGUACAAAGUUACUCUGAUAAUACAAUUUAGAAUUUAACUUAUUGAAUCCGUCCAAAAAUUGAAUUAUUUUAUAAGUAAGAAAAAGAGUAGCAUGUCCUUAAAAUAAAAAAACACUAUACAUUACAGAAACUAAUUAAUAAAAAAAAAUCUGUAAUUGAAAUAAAUUGUUUUUUAUGUACUUAAUUAUCGAAUCAAUGCUUCGUAAAAUUGUCAUUGAAACUGUAAAUUAUGUCUUCUCAGAUUAUUGCUGCCAAGACAAAUCAAUGAAAAUUCCAAGGGCAAUAAAAAAAAAAAAAAAUAAUAUGUAA